AACAUGGAAACCAAACUUGUGUCUAGCUGGUACAAUCUUCUAUCUUCUGUGCCAACAUCUUAUGUGCAACCACCAGAAAGAAGACCUGGAAAUGCUGUUCUGGCCACUGGCUUGAAAAUUCCAGUGAUUGAUCUUGAAGGACAAGAUCGUGAUGGUAUCAUAAGGAAUAUUAUAAAGUCCUCCGAGGAGUAUGGAUUUUUCCAGGUUAUCAACCAUGGAGUUCCGAAGGAGGUUGUGGAAGAUGCACUGAGGAUUUUCAAAGAAUUCCAUGCGAUGCCUUGCAAUGAAAAGAUAAGAGAAAGCUCUAAAGACCCAAAUGGAAGCUGCAAGCUGUAUACAAGUAGCGGGAGGAAUGGUGAAGACGUGGCUCGGUAUUGGAAAGACUCCUUACAACACCCAUGUCCACCUUCUGGUGAAUACGUGCACUUUUGGCCUGAGAAACCAGCGGGAUAUCGGGAAGCUAUUGGAAAAUAUACCCAAGAAAUAAGAACCUUAGGGCUCAAAAUUUUGGGUUUAAUUUCUGAAGGAUUAGGACUCGACCCAAAGUAUUUCCAUGGAGACCUUACUGCAAAUUCAGUAGUGAUAUCUCAUCACUACCCUCCUUGUCCUGAACCAAAAUUGACAUUGGGAACAUCGAGGCACAAAGAUCCUAACAUUCUUACCAUUCUUCUUCAACAAGCAGAAAUCGCUGGACUUCAAGUCUUCAAAGACGGGGCAUGGAUUCCUGUUGACCCAAUUCCCAAUGCCUUUGUAGUUAACAUGGGGUUUAUGCUCCAGAUCAUUAGCAAUGGAAGACUCAUUGGUGCUGAACACCGAGUUGUAACAAAUCCAAGCACUGCGAGGCACACUAUCGCCUAUUUUAUUAACCCAACAAACGAAACUCUUAUCGAACCUGCGAAGCCUGUGUUAAGUGCAACUUCCCCACCCAAAUAUGUAUCAAUGACAUUUGGAGAAUUGCAUGGACAGUUUCUGAACAAAGGUCCUUAUUUUGAGUCAGAAUUUCGCAUACAACCUUCCCAAAAUGUAAAAAAAUAA